AUGGCGAAGCUUAGCAUCCUUUUGUGCAUAGCCAUUGCAUUUAUGCUCAGCUUCACCUUGAGGGAAGUUGUUGCACACACAGGGACUGCCACCUUCUACACUCCCCCAUACGUUCCGUCUGCUUGUAACGGAUACCAAAAGGAUGGGGUGAUGAUUGCUGCUGCCAGUGAUGCAAUUUGGGACGAUGGAGCAGCUUGCGGGAGAAAAUACAAAGUUAAAUGCACAGGGGCAACCAACCAAUCCCCUCAUCCAUGUAGAGGAAAGAAGUAUGUGGUUGUGAAAGUAGUUGAUUAUUGCCCAUCUGGUUGUGAAGGCACCAUUGAUUUAUCGCAAGAAGCUUUCGCUUCCAUAGCCGAUCCAGAUGCCGGGAAAAUUAAAAUUUCCUUUCAUCAGAACAUGACAUCUCCCUUGCGGAUAUGUGUCGAAAUAUGGCAGUGGGUCUCAUUGGCAUCUUUAACUUUCGAAGUGAAUCCUAUGUAUGUGGAUGAUAAAUGA